ACACUCCAUACCAGUUAGUGGCAGUAAUGCACCAUUUCGCUGUGUGCCAACCGCCCAUAAAAUUCCAUAAAGAAGAAGAAGAAGCAGAUGACGGAGGCAGACAACGCAGGUCAGAAGUUGAGUGGUGUAUAACCAUAACUCAAAGGAGGGGUCUCUGUCGUGAUAAUAACAUUUCCUCCAGUGACCUGCGCUCAAAAGACGAAGAGCAGUAAUCUAAACGAAUGAAGCUAAGGUAACGGUAGUAUGAAAAACCUCAGAAGUAUACACUAACUGACGCUGGUUUAGAAGCGUCUGUAACAUUGUUUUGAGGGCCUGUUGCUAGCUACGGGAAAUCCUCGGGCUAGCCCGGCAUACACCGGGCCGAGAGAGGACCAGGACAGGAGCUUCGUCGGCUAGUUUGAACGAUCAGGUUUUACAGACUCUAGCUGCCCUAUUUUAUCAUCAAACGAAGACGUAACCUCAUCCGUAGCUUUAUAAAUAAGCGUGACGUUAACACGACAAGCUUGAGUUUGACAGCUAGCUAACAUUAGCCAUCCCGUGUUUACAAGCUAUCCCAGCCAAGAUCCUCUGAAGAAGUUGGCACUUCGGUAUAUUUGUGUCAGUUAGGAUUUGCAUAUUUGUCUCGUACAACCUGCCUGCUAGCUAGUGGUGAUUUGUAAGCUUGUUCUACUUAUAUGUACGCCGACUGAAGGUCGCCAGCUAGGCAGCUAGAUCAGAAGGUCUCCUAGCUAAGGUUAUUACAUCUUCAGGCUUAUCUCAACAUUACUGCAGCCCAAAGUUUGUUAACGUUACCUGGUUUUAACAGAAGGGAUACUGUUUCAGAGUAAAUUACCAAAGCUAUCUUUAACCAUUUGAAAGACAGUAUCUCGGAUGAAGGCUCACAUAGAAGUGUGGAUUUUGAUGCUGUCAGGACAUACAGGUGUCACCUGGUCUGGUUGGCAUUAAUAAUCUCACACCAGCAUCCAAUAUCUGCUACACCAGAAGCAACUGAUCUGCUGUUUCUCUCUCUUGAGCUGAUUUGCUCAAGAAGGAUCACCUUCAAGUCCACAAUGAAUCGUUACCUGCCGGUGGCACGACAGCACUUCCUGGCUGCCCUUGCCAACACCAGUGUGGUGGUAAAAACUGUAAGUGCUGUGGUGGUUCUCCUCUAUCUGUUGUCAUGGGCCGUCAACACUCCAUACGCACUGGGAGUGACCCCAGGCUACCUCUUUCCACCCAACUUCUGGGUGUGGACACUUGUGACCCAUGGGGUGGUGGAGCAGCACGUUUGGGGUGUGGCGGCCAAUGUGGGAACAGUUAUGGCUUGUGGGCACCUGCUGGAGCCUCUGUGGGGCGCACUGGAGCUCCUGAUCUUUUUCGCAGUGGUCAAUAUCUCUGCAGGCCUCCUGGCAGGCAUCUCCUACUUCCUCACCUAUGUUGCCACCUUUGACCUGGACUUCUUGUUUGCUGUGCGUGUCCACGGAGCAGCCGGAUUCCUGGGAGGUGUCCUGGUGGCACUGAAGCAGACCAUGGGGGAUAGUACAGUGCUCAGAGUACCACAGGUGAGGCUCAAAGCAGCACCUGCAUUGGUCCUCCUCCUCCUGGCCUUACUCCGCCUGUCUGGGCUGUUGAACAGCUCUGCCCCACUGGCUGCAUACAGCUAUGGCGCCCUGUCCGGUUGGGUCUAUCUGCGCUUUUACCAGAGGCACAGCCGAGGCCGCGGGGACAUGUCGGACCACUUUGCAUUUGCUAGUUUCUUCCCCGAGGCGCUCCAGCCAGCUGUGGGACUGCUGGCGGGGCUGGUCCACUCCGCCCUGGUGAAGAUGAAGGUGUGCAGGAAAAUGGUGAAGAGAUAUGACGUGGGAGCACCCUCCUCCAUCACUAUCAGCCUGCCAGGGACAGACCCACAAGAUGCAGAGAGGAGGAGACAAUUAGCCCUCAAGGCUCUGAACGAACGUCUAAAGCGCGUGGAGGACCAGUCUGCCUGGCCCAGCAUGGAUGACGAGGAAGACGAUGAAGAGGACGAGGUCAGAACUGACACACAGCCGCUCCUCCCUGGUGGGCAUGACACCUCCUCCUCCACGCCGAGACAAACAGGGGGACCCGUAGGCGCCUCCCUUUCCACCCCCUCCUCAACCUCAAUCUCACAGAUCACCGGAGCAUCAUCCACAGGCGGAGUACAACACCCAGAAUCCAGCAUUAUCACCUUCGAGGAUGCAACUUUUAGAUCGUAACAAAUAGAACACCCGUGUACAGAUACACACACACUCUGUUUGGUGUCCCUGGAAGGUAUAGUGUACUCAGUGUCCCUGACUAGUAUACGCAUAUAUUCAGUGACAGUGAUUAGGCACACACUUGAUAUCACACACCAACACACACAACAACUUUGAGCAGUUCAUACCCAAGACUGUGCAUUCAGAAACACUCUGUCGAUGUCAUUGUGAAGCCCAAAGGGGUGGUAACUGUACAUUGCUUUCAGUUCAGGCAUGUUGGUUGUAAAUGCUCAAUGUAGUUGGGCAAAUUGGACAAUUAAAACUUCUCUUCCUUCCUGCAUAUGACCGAAUGUCAACCAAAAAUUCUGUCUUGUCUGGACUUAAGCCCAACUUGCAGAGCUCUGUCCACUGCUUCAUAUGUCUUUUUCUCUUGCUUUCUAAAUAAAUAACAAAAUGGGUGUACAAUUAAAAAGAA